AAAGUAGUUUAUACACAGAGGAAUGUACCACAAUAUUAUGCUAACACAAGAUGUUGUUUUGAAGUGAGAGUUUGAUCUCGUGACGUGUGUGUGUGAGUGUAAUAAAAAAAAAUGACAUUUUUAUAGAAAAAUUAGGUACAGCCAAAAAAAAACUCAAAAUGAUAGCGCAUCGUCGUCGUAAAAAACGACCUAAUUAUGGUAUCCGUACAGUCGAAGUGGAUCGUGGUGUAAAUGGUUUUGGUUUUACAAUAUCAGGACAACAACCUUGUAUACUCUCAUGCAUCGUAACAAAUUCACCAGCUGAUCAAGCUGGUUUAAAAGCUGGUGAUUUUUUAAUCUCUGUGAAUGGUUUAUCUGUAUCCAAAGUGACUCACGAUGCAGUCGUCCAACUGAUUGGCAAUAGUGUUGGUCCAAUUAAAAUGUCAAUUGCUGAAUAUUAUUACUCCGAUAGUAGUGAUGAAGAUGUUAGCGAAAAUUAUGUUACACGAAAACCCAGGUAUCCAAAUCGACCACGGGUUAAUAAAAAAUUGGAAACUUCAUUGUAUACAAAUUUUAAGAAUAAAUUAAAACCACAAUGGGGUGUGAAUCAUGUUGAAGUACAAGAAUCGUGUCCAUCACCUCCAACAGUUGUAAGUCCACCAGGCUAUAAAGUUUUUAUUGGAUAUUUGGGAACGAUCGAGAUGCCAAAUCAAUUACAACCGUCGUCACGAAUGCAUACAGUUUCAAGUUGUAUACGAAAAUUUCGUCAAGAACGUCGAUCACCGACAAGUGUCGUCAUGAUGAUUCUUCCAUCUUGUAUUACCCUGACAAAUUGUCACGAACAUACGUUAGCUGUGUAUCCUUCAAAUCGUAUCGCUUAUAUUAACUCCUCGGAGAAAGACCCUAGUUAUUUCGGUCUAAUCACUACCGCUAUUAAUACCACUGAUGAAAAUUAUGCAACGCGGUAUUUUAAUCAAUCGUGGCGACAAUCACCACCACAUGCUGGAGAAGACAUUGAUAUUUCAAUAAGUUGCCAUGUUUUUGUUAUUGAUACGCGAUUAGCCGCUGAUCACGCUUUACAUAUUCCAAAAUCGGAAACAUUUAACAUAAAAUGUACGCGAGAUGUUAUCUCAGGCGAUUGCUUGGAGUUUCCAAAAUCAUCGGAGUACAUUGUGAAUUUAGUACAAAAAAUGUAUGGUUUACCACGUACACCCCCACCAAAUUUAAAUGAAUCGAUUAUGAAACAAUCACCGAUUAUUCAUAAAAUUGGUGAGAAUUUGGUAGCGAAUUCACCACAACCUAGUGCAUCGAGUAACAGUGAUUCAGGAAUUGGAUUUCGUGAUGAUUGUGGUUUAGUUUCAGAUCGAAUUCUAGUCGUCGAUUUUCCAGCACAAUUACCAUUACCAACAGUUCAUAAUCAAUCAAUUCAUCCACGUCCUGCAGCUAUUGAUGGUUCAUCGAUUGCAAUAAAUACUCUGAUUAACAGUAAUCAAACAAAAAAUACCUGCGAAGAUGAUGACCAUCUACAUCAGGAUCGACAUUUAGAGCGUAGUAAAUCAAUUGAUAAUAUAUCAGAUCAAUAUUUAUUUAAAACACCAAAAAGUAUUGGACAGCAUCACCAACAAUCACGUGGAGGUUUUACAUCGACAUCAUCUUCCGCACGAAAUUAUAGUCAUGAUGAUUUGAAUAGUAUACAAUCGGAACCGUUGAUCUUAGAUCAUCAUUAUGAUGAUAAAGUGACGAAUUUUGGUAGUUUACAAGAUUUAAGUGGACUAGCGGGAAAUUCAACGCAAUUACAACAAAAUCAUCAACGGAGUAUACAAUUGUCAGCUGUUAGCGAACCGGAUGUGCGUUCACGAGGUGGUUAUUUAAAUGAUAAUGAUUGCCAGGAAUCAAUUUGCAGCGAAAGUACCGAAAUGUUAGAAGAUGUUAAUGAAAAUAAAACUGGUCGAGUUGCUAAUUGGGCUGUGAGUUUUGAUAAAUUACUCGAAGAUGAUAAAGGACGUGAAGCAUUUACGGAAUUUCUAGAAAAAGAAUUUUCCGCUGAAAACAUACAUUUUUGGGUAUCAUGUAAAAAUUUCCAAAAUAUUAAAUCAUCAACGGAACGUGUUAAAGAAGCCCAGCUAAUUUAUAAUAAACAUCUAUGUAAGGGUGCAGUAGAACCUGUGAAUGUUGAUUCACAAGCACGAAAUAUCACACAAGAUGCUUUGGUGUUAGCGGAUACGGAUCUUUUUGUUCAGGCACAAAAACAAAUAUUCAAUUUAAUGAAAUUCGAUUGUUAUCCACGUUUUUUAAAAUCGGAUUUAUACAAAAAAUGUUUGGCAAAUGACGAUAAUCGUCAAAACAAAAGUGAAUCUGAUGUCCAUAACUCUGCAAAAUGUUCAUCUACUAGUAAGUUAAAAAAAUCGCUGAGUAAUGCCGAAGAUCGUCGACGAAAAUCUCUAUUACCAUGGCAUAGAAAAAAUCGUUCAAAAUCAAAAGAUCGUGGUGAAAUGGAAUAUUGUCAUCCGAACAUAACAACUCGUAAUAUGAGCCAAAUGCAAUCGAAUGAUUCGUUACAAAGUAAACCGGAUUCGUCGGAACAAAAUGAUAUGUAUAAUAGUCGAACUUCGUUAACUAGUUGGGAUGUUACGGAUGAUUCAAAAAGUAUUGGAGGCAACUCAUCAGUAAAUAAUUAUGGAAUAAAUCGUAACGCAUUUUGUCGAGUAAUAUUAACUGAUGGUGCGACAACUGUAGUACAAAUUCGCGCAUGCGAAACAAUACGUGAAAUGAUAAAUCGUUUGUUAGAUAAACGUGGUUUAUCAUAUCAAAAUUUCGAAGUAUUUCUAAAAUCAAAAUCAUCAAAACCAAUCGAUUUAAAUAAAUCAUCGGCCGAUUUGGCUGGAUGUGAGGUGAUCGUUGAACAUCGUAUUGUAUUUAAAUUGGAUUUACCAAAUCGUAAAAUUAUUUCGGUGAAAUCGAAACCAACAAAAAUUUUAACAGAUGUAUUACGACCCAUUCUACAUAAAUAUGGUUAUAAGUUGGAAUUAGUACGAGUUUUCGAAUCGGCAAAAUGUGAACGAUUAAUGAAUGUUCAUGUACCUGUUACGGUUGUAGAUGGUUUUCGUCUAUCGAUACAAAUGUGUAAUAAUAAUAAUAAUAAUUCGUUGGCAUCAUCGACAGAUAUGGCAUCGUCGUACCAAGACUCAACGGAACAUCUUUCGAAACCAAACACAACUUCAAUUCAAUCGUUGAAUGAAAUAACUAAUAAAGUUUUUGAGGAUUUACGUCAAGGACAAUGUAAUAGAAUACCACAUAUGCCAUCGGAUCACGAUUCACUAAAGUCGGAUGAUGAUUGGGGCUCUGAACACUCAUCAAAUUUUGCUAAAAGUAUAUCAUCACGAUUACAUCGGCACAAUUCGGCAAAUGGAAAAAGUAAAAAAUCUGAACGAAAUAAAGGAAACCAUACAACGUCUACUCACAGUAGUGCAGAUGAUUUACGAUCUGAUUUCAGUAUUAAAAAACCGCUUAUAGCUAUUUUAAAACCUGGUAUUAAAUUACAAAUGACGCAUCAUAAAACCUCUGAAAGUGAUGAAUUAUACGAAGGCUUAAAACGAGCUCAACGUUUUCGUUUAGAAGAUCAACGUGGCACAGAAAUCAAUUUCGAAUUACCUGAUUUUCUAAAAGACAAAGAAAACUCUAAUAAAAAGAAACUAAAUUACAAUGAAUCUGAGUUACUUGCAUCGAAAUUUUACGAUACUGAACAUCGUAUGGACAAUCAUGAUCGAACAUUCUAUAAUGUUCGUAAUAAGACACAACAAAAAAGUGAUUCAGUAGCGACUUCAUCCUCAUCAAUGGAUGAUUCUUCCCCGUCCAAAUUAUCAUUACCGCCAUCUAUUCCUACCACUAAUGACAAUUUAUCACAUGAUACAGAACCUCCGCCUUUACCGCCCAAACCUAAAGUGUUACCAAUUAAACCGUCCAAUUGGAAGAAAUUAUCACCAACAAAAUUAGUAACACAACCGCAGCCACAGCAACAAACAGAAGCCAAAGGAAAUUCAACUACGUUUUUGGAACAAUCAACGAGUAAUAGCAGCAGUUUUGUAUAGAAUUUAUUUUAAAACAUUGAUCGGUAAAGAAAAAUGGGUUAAUAGUGUGGUAAUAAUGGGGUAAUACUAUGCAAUGAUGAAAUUUGCGCAUGUAAUGGGCAAUUAGUUAUUUGUCGGGCGGAAAAAAUUGCGGAAGGAGAAUACUUGCAUGAAUAAAUUAAAAUUUAAAAAAAUGUGAAAAUUAUGUCUUAUAUUCAUUUCGUUUGACUUUCGAUGAUUUCCAUGUUUGUUUCUAUUUUUAACUUCUCGUAGGGCAAAUUGAAAUUUUCAAUAUAUCUUCAUAGCCAGGACAGUGAAUUAACACCAAUUUUAGAUUGAUGUUUGUGCGUAUUCGUUCGUUCGCUUUUAUACGUUCACGAAAUGGAAGAUGAUAACGUUAUCGUAUUUGCCCCAACCGUUGUGUAAUAAUAUCAAGAUACGCUGAAAAUAUUGACAAAAUAGAAAUUAAGACUACUUCGUAAUUUAUUAAAAUAAUACCCAUGAUGUACAGUAAUGAAUCGUCUCUGAAAAGUUUCUCUAAAGAUGUAUUUUGAGCGUCAAAUUAGGUCAUGUGGUCUAUUUAGGUCGUGCUGCCAUCUGAAAAAAAAAUUAGUAGCGUUACAUCGUAAAGAGCUACACUCGAGAUAUCGACUUUCGAUAUUAAUAACUUUUUUGUAGCUCAUAUUUACAAUUUAACUUAACUUUAUCAGUUAAGUAGAACCCUAAUUUAACACUCAACGCCAGCGUAAAGCGUCAUCAUGAGGUUAUAUCCUAAUUGACCAAAUGUCACUGCGAACAAUUAUGUACGAAAUUCGCAUUUUUCAUUACUAUGUAUUAUCAUUAUCCGUCUAUUUUUAACAUAAUCUGUAAAUAAUUAUAAUUCAUUUUUUUAAA